AAUGCCCGUUAUCAUAUCACGCGUCCCUGGAGCUUAGACCAGUCCUUUAUCCUUGUGUGUCCAGACGACAAAGCGAAACAAACAAGGCCUUUGGCCAACGUAUGCCCAUUGAACAGUCUGUGUCCAGUUCUAUUGUCAUACCAAAUACUCAGACCAUAAUCAUUUUCAAUCGAAUUGAGCGUAGCCCGCGUUCCGUCGCAAUAUCGCAAACCUAGUAUAUGUGGGCCGGACCGCCUUCCCUACAUCAUAGCCAGCUAUGAGCGAGACAAUUGUGUCAGACGAUCUGGAGGAGUUGACUCAACAACUGUUGGAUCAUCACAAUGCCAAGUCCUCAACCCAGAAGGAAGGAGAGAAACCCCAACAACUUCUUGACGAAGUCAGCUUUGAGGGUGUGGCCAGGUACAUCAAGAGUGGCAGAUGUAAAAAUAUCAUUGUGAUGAGUGGUGCAGGAAUCUCUACAUCUGCAGGUCUCCCGGACUUUAGGAGCAAAAACACUGGUCUCUACAAUUCGCUGCAGAAAUACAACCUCGCCAGCCCGCAUCUGAUGUUUGAGAUCCGUUACUUCAAGGAGAGACCGGAGCCUUUCUGUACUCUAGCGAAGGCGCUGUACCCUGGUGUGUUCAAACCUACGCCCUGUCAUUACUUCAUCCGUCUACUCGGCGAAAAGAAUCUACUCCUAAGAGACUACACCCAAAAUGUUGACACGCUGGACGUGAUUGCCGGAGUUCCGGAGGAAUUGCUGGUGGAAAUUCACGGCAGCUUCAGCACUGCACACUGCAUCGACAAAAGUUGUCACAAGGAGCAUUCUUCAAAGUGGGUCAAAGAUGAAAUUUUUGCUGAUAGGAUCCCAAAGUGUGAUGACUGUGGGGCACUUAUCAAGCCUGACAUUAGUUUCUUUGGUGAAGUGCCAGUGAAAAAAUGGCACGAUACACCAAAAGAGGAUUUCCCAAAAUGUGAUUUGCUGAUCGUCAUGGGAACAACUUUGAUUGUGCAGCCAUUUACAUCACUAAUAAACACAGUUCCAGCGACAACUCCACGUCUUCUGAUCAACUACGAGAUGAGUGGCAAGUGUGAUCCUUUGAUGAAAUUCUCAGGCCAGCCUACAGGAUUUAACUUUGGUUAUGAAGAUAACUACAGAGAUGUUGCGUUUCUAGGCACCUGUGAUGAAGGAUGUUCCAAACUAGCAGACCUCUUAGGGUGGAAGGAUGAGCUUGAGCAACUUAUCAAGACUGAACAUGAGAAGUUGGAUGCUGAAAAAGGUUCUUGAUAAAGAGGAAAAAACUGCAGCUUUGUAUCACUAGUGUUUAUUUUCAAAUUCUCAACGGUAUUUGAGACAGGGUAUCUGCUGGACGAACUCGGGUUUAAAAUCAACACAAGAUCCCAAGCGACACGCGAACAACAAAUGUGACCCAUCACCAUAAAAUGAGCGUCACGUCAGACUUUUUAAGAAUUGAAAUAUUAUGACUUCUGGAUUCUGCAGAGCGAGAGCUUUCUAAUGGUGUAUAAUAUUUCGGGGUACUGAGUUCACUAACGGAAAUGCAGACUAAAUUUAAGUUGUGAAAGUAAUCUUUGAGAAAAUGGCAUUUAAAAUCCCCAAGUUGUGUUGCAGUGAAUAAAACAGGAUGAAAAUAGGUUUUAAAGACAGAACAAAAAAAAUGGUAAAAGGAGAACAGGACUUACAAAUUGAGGUUCACUGAAAACCAAAAAAACUAUCACCCCGUCAAAUUUUGGCUUUUCCCGAUCGUGCUGCAAAAUUGAAAUUUCCGCCUCCAUGCUAAUUUCGGGAUGAUAGGUCUGCAAUGAUUGUUUGUUUUCCUGCUGAGUGAAGACUUCACAUGGGGAAAAUGGCUAAUCAAAAAGUAUUGCUAAGCCAAAAUAUCGAGUAUUUAAGCAAUCAUCACUGAAUAACUGUCCUAUGCAGUGUAUAUCAGAAAACGUUUUUUUUGUCCAUUACUAAUUUUUAAGUAUUCUUUAUUUUUUUUUAAAAUGUGUCGGCUUAUUAACAGAUAAUCUUCAGUUGCGGGGUAAAAUAACACUUUCGGGUUUAUGUUUUUAGUAUUUUCAUUUCAAAAAAGCAUGGUUUCCAUGACAACAUAAAUACUUUAUAUUAACAUUUAGACGGCUUCAAAAACAGUAUUAACAUUGUCAAUUCUGGGA